AUGUCUUUUCUACGAAGAUUGGGCCAGAAUGGUCCCCAUGUUUCUUCUAUUGGUCUUGGGUUUGGAAGUAUCACUGGAUCCUACGGAGCACCUGGUACUUUCGAUGAAAGAAUCAAGCUCUUGGACCACGCAUAUUCCAGUGGAUUGCGCUUUUGGGACAUGGCUGAUAUUUAUGGUGACAGUGAGGAUCUCGCUGGGGAGUGGAUUAACCGAUCGGGCAAACGUGACGAUGUCUUUCUGGCCACGAAAUUUGGACUUCAACAAGAGCCUAGUAGACUACACAAUUUCAGAUCAGAUCCCGACUACGUCCGAGCCGCCUGUGAGAGAAGUCUACAGAGGUUAGGAGUAAAUACUAUCGAUCUGUAUUAUUGCCAUCGAGUGGAUGGUGUCACGCCUAUUGAGAAGACCGUGGAAGCCAUGGUAGAGCUGAAGAGAGAAGGAAAAAUUCGAUUUCUGGGUCUAUCAAGUGUCUCGGAGACUACUUUACGUCGGGCUCACGCCAUCCACCCAAUCACUGCUGUGCAGUUGGAGUAUAGUCUUUUCAUGUUGGAUGCCGAAUCUUCAGAGUCCAAUGUUAUCAACACAUGCCAUGAACUUGGAAUUGCCGUUGUCGCAUUCUCUCCAAUUGGCCGCGGCAUUUUAACGGGCCAAUUCCGAGCCCACGAAGAUUUACCAGACGAUCUGCGGCGGCAUUACCCUAAGUAUGCGGAUAAAAACUUUCCAGAAGUUAUGAAACUGGUGCGGAAAUUGGAAGAAGUUGCCACAGGCCAUGGAAGAACUCCGGCACAGGUUGCUUUGGCGUGGUUACUGGCUCAAGGACCACACAUCUUUCCCAUUCCAGGCACUAAAUCAUCGAAGAAAAUGGAGGAAAAUGCUGCAUCUACGUCGAUACAGUUGGAGGGCCAAGAAGUUCAAGAUAUCAGGGCUAUCGCAGAGAGUUUGGAAAUUGAAGGAACUCAGUACCCAUCUGCGGCGAAACUCGCCGAUGACCCCCAGAUUGAACAUGCGUCCCUGCAUAAUCCCCUCCCUCUGCAAUUGCAUACCUACGUCUGGCCUUUCUUGAUUAUCUGGCCUGCCUUCUUCGCUUUUUAUCUCUCCCCUGAGCGUUAUGACACCUACAUCCAGGGCCAGGAAUGGACCUUCGUCUUUGCGGGGUCUAUCGUCACUGCUCAGUCGCUUCUUUGGCUGAUGACCAAAUGGAAUAUCAACAUCGGCACUCUGUUUACCACCACUAGGGCCAAUUCCAUCGAUUCCGCCCGCCUUAUCAAAGUCAUCCCCGUCACCAACGCCGGUUCCGCCGAGGUCUGUACUCUGAUUCACGAUAACUCCGGUGGCAAGAAGACUCUGUCGUUCCUUUUCCAGAAGCGCCGCUUUCUUUACUACCCUGAAACUCGUUCCUUCGCCCCUUUGUCCUAUGUUCUCGACGCCGAGCCAAAGCCUGCUCUACAGUACUUCCAGCAGAGCAAGGGUCUUACCACCAAAGCCGAGGUUGAUCGCGUGCACUACCACUACGGUGACAACACUUUCGAUAUUCCCGUUCCCGGAUUCAUCGAGCUCUUUCAGGAGCAUGCGGUCGCCCCGUUCUUCGUGUUCCAGAUAUUCUGUGUUGGACUGUGGAUGCUGGAUGAAUAUUGGUACUACUCCCUGUUCACGCUGUUCAUGCUCGUCGCUUUUGAAAGCACCGUUGUGUGGCAGCGCCAACGUACUCUCAAUGAGUUCCGUGGAAUGAGCAUCAAGCCAUACGACGUCUGGGUUUAUCGUGAGAACAAGUGGAGUGAAAUCACUAGCGAUCAGCUUCUUCCUGGCGAUUUGAUGUCGGUGAACCGCACUAAGGAGGAUGGUGGCGUUGCUUGUGAUAUUCUCCUAAUCGAGGGAAGUGUCAUUGUCAACGAGGCCAUGCUUUCUGGUGAGAGUACCCCGCUCCUGAAGGACUCAGUUCAGCUUCGACCCGGUGAAGAUCUGAUUGAUCCGGAGGGCAUGGACAAGAACUCGUUUGUGCAUGGUGGAACCAAGGUCCUUCAAGUCACCCACCCCAACACCAACGGGGAAGAGACCCUGAAGAACAUUGCCAACGGCGUUACAAUGCCCCCCGAUAACGGCGCCUUGGGCGUGGUUGUUAAGACUGGCUUCGAGACCAGCCAGGGUAGCCUUGUCCGCACUAUGAUUUACUCCACUGAGCGUGUCUCCGCCAACAAUGUUGAAGCUUUGCUCUUCAUUCUGUUCCUCCUGAUCUUCGCAAUUGCCGCUUCUUGGUAUGUCUGGCAAGAGGGUGUCAUUAAGGAUCGCAAGCGAUCCAAGCUUCUUUUGGACUGUGUACUUAUCGUCACGAGCGUUGUUCCUCCGGAGCUUCCUAUGGAGCUAAGCUUGGCCGUCAACACCAGUCUUGCUGCCCUGAGCAAGUUUGCGAUCUUCUGCACCGAGCCCUUCCGCAUUCCCUUCGCUGGACGUGUCGAUGUUGCUUGCUUCGAUAAGACCGGUACUCUGACUGGAGAAGAUCUUGUCGUUGACGGUAUCGCUGGAAUCACCCUUGGCCAGGUCUCUGCCAAGGUGGAGGCCGAUGGUGCCCACCCCGAGCUGUUCCAGCCUACCGCCGUUGGCCCCGAUACGACCCUUGUUCUUGCUAGUGCCCACGCCUUGGUGAAACUGGAUGAAGGCGAGGUUGUUGGUGACCCCAUGGAGAAGGCCACUCUUUCUUGGCUCGGAUGGACCUUGGGUAGAAAUGACACCCUCUCGUGCAAGGGAUCUGCCCCCGUUGUGGCAUCUCGCCCGGUCGAGUCCGUUCAAGUCAAGAGAAGAUUCCAGUUUUCUUCUGCCCUGAAACGCCAGAGUACCAUUGCCACCGUUACCACCAACGACAAGAAGACUUCGAAGAAAGCCAAGGCUACCUUUGUUGGUGUCAAGGGUGCCCCUGAGACUAUCAGAAGAAUGCUGGUCAACCCUCCUCCUAACUACGAGGAAACUUUCAAGCACUUUACUCGCAAUGGUGCCCGUGUUCUUGCUCUCGCCUAUAAAUAUCUCUCUACCGAGGCCGAGAUCUCUCAGAAUCGUGUCAACAACUAUUCUCGUGAAGAAAUCGAGUCCGAACUGAUUUUCGCUGGUUUCCUGGUCCUCCAAUGUCCCCUGAAGGAUGAUGCAAUCAAGUCCGUUCGCAUGCUGAAUGAGAGCAGCCACCGUGUCGUUAUGAUUACCGGUGACAACCCAUUGACUGCUGUCCAUGUCGCCCGCAAGGUUGAGAUUGUCGACCGAGAGGUCGUUAUCCUCGAUGCCCCUGAAAAUGAUACCUCUGGAACCCGACUGGUGUGGCGUACAAUCGACGACAAGUUGAAUACCGAUGUUGAUCCCACUAAGCCCCUGGACCCUGAGAUCAUCAAGACCAAGGAUAUCUGUAUUACCGGCUAUGCUCUGGCUAAAUUCAAGGGUCAGAAAGCCCUGCCCGAUCUUCUCCGUCACACCUGGGUUUAUGCCCGUGUGUCCCCCAAGCAAAAGGAGGAUAUCCUGCUCGGCCUUAAGGAUGCUGGCUACACCACUCUGAUGUGUGGUGAUGGUACCAACGAUGUCGGUGCCCUUAAGCAGGCCCACGUCGGUGUUGCCCUUCUCAAUGGAUCUCAGGAGGACCUCACCAAGAUCGCCGAACACUACCGAACCACCAAGAUGAAGGAGCUCUAUGAGAAGCAGGUUGGCAUGAUGCAGCGCUUCAAUCAGCCUGCUCCUCCUGUCCCGGCCCAGAUUGCUCACAUCUACCCGCCUGGUCCUAGCAACCCGCACUACCAGAAGGCCAUUGAGAGAGAAGCUCAGCGCAAGGGCACCGCAGCGAUCGCUGCCGGUGGUAAGGGUGAAGAGAUCCCGACCAUCACCUCGCCCGGUGCUCAAGCCCUGCAAUCGAACUUGAAUCCCCAGCAGCAGAGACAGCAGCAGGCCCAGCAGGCUGCCGCCGGCCUUGCUGAUAAGCUCACCUCGUCGAUGUUGGAACAGGAGUUGGAUGACAGCGAGCCCCCCCACCAUCAAGCUUGGAGAUGCUUCCGUUGCCGCACCAUUCACCACGCCUACAGUCUGAGUGUUAUCUAUCUCGAAGGUAUCAAGUUCGGUGAUGGCCAGGUUACCAUCAGUGGUAUGCUGAUGAGUGUUUGCUUCCUGUCCAUCUCCCGCGCCAAGUCUGUCGAGGGUCUUUCCAAGGAGCGCCCGCAGCCCAACAUCUUCAAUGUCUACAUCAUUGGAUCCGUUCUUGGACAAUUUGCUAUUCACAUUGUGACUCUGAUUUACCUGUCGCGUUAUGUCUAUAAGAUCGAACCGAGAGACGACAACGUCGAUCUCGAGGGUGAAUUCGAGCCUUCUCUUCUCAACAGUGCCAUCUACCUCCUCCAACUCAUCCAGCAAAUCUCCACUUUCUCGAUCAACUACCAGGGCCGUCCCUUCCGCGAGUCCAUUCGCGAGAACAAGGCCAUGUACUGGGGUCUUGUUGCCGCAUCGGGCGUCGCAUUCUCCUGCGCGACCGAGUUUGUGCCCGAGAUCAAUGAGAAGUUGCGCCUGGUGCCAUUUAGCAACGAGUUCAAAAUUACCUUGACCGUGCUAAUGAUCUUCGACUACGGUGGUUGCUGGAUCAUUGAGAAUGUGCUCAAGCAGUUGUUCAGUGACUUCCGUCCCAAGGACAUCGCUGUACGCCGUCCUGAUCAGCUGCAGCGCGAGGCUGAGCGCAAGGCGCAGGAGGAGGCCGAGGCCCAGCAGCAGAAAGAGCAGCAGAGGACGAUCUAG